GAUAGACACGCAUCUCAGUGUGAUAGGCGAGUAAACAGGCUGUCAGUGCUAUGUUAAGAAGUUUCAAGAGGCAUUGCACUCAUUAGCAGGAUAAACAGAAGGUGGAAAGAAGUGGGGAGAAAAAGAGAGAGAGGGAGGAUCGAUCCUUUAGUUUCGAUUUUGUGCGGUCGAAAUUUCAAAAAAGCGAAAGAAGUUGGUAUAAAAAAAGUCAGUAGAAAAUGAAAAACAUUGCGCAGAGACGAGCUGUCCUAUUCUGUCUUGGCCUCCUCCUCCUCACGAACAUGGCAAGGUCGGUCAAGGCGAACCCAACAUCCAACUUCGUCGAGGAAGAUACAGCUAGAUCUAGCAUGAACAGCUUCUUUAAUGAGAUGCGAUACAUCUAUCAGAUUUAUAAGGAGUGUUCCGAAGAAGAGGUCAACGUCAGUCCUUGCUUGAAAUUGAGGCUUCUUUCAGCUAUGGACAGGGUUUCGAGGAGCGCGCAGCUCGAUGUCGCCGAUGGUGUGACUUUUCUGAGGGAAGGAUCAGUUAAUGAGCAAGAAGAAGUAUCAAAAUCCUUGCAAGAAAUCGAAGCUAAUUUGCCUAGAGCUUUGAAUGACAAGGAAGAGGCUUUAAACGGCAUGAUUUUCGAUAGGAUAGUCAAGUUUAUUCAAAGUCAUACAUUGAAACUAAAACUGCCGAACGUCGAGGAACUUCAGCGAAGUUUCAGUGAAGAAGGUCGAAGGAAAAAGAAUAAAAUGAGCGGACUUCUGGCGAUUCCUAUGUUGAUCGGUGGAACUCUGGUACCUUUAGCUCUUGGUGCUCUGGCUCUCUUGGCCGGUAAAGCAUUGAUCGUCAGUAAACUAGCUCUCGUCUUAGCAUCAAUCAUCGGUCUAAAGAAGCUUGUAUCUAGUGGACACGAGCACGGACAUGAGGUUGUGCAAGUAGCAGCAGGAGGACAUGGAUCCAGUGGCUGGGCGAGGUCGAACCAUGAACUCGCAUAUUCUGCAUACAAGCCAUCACAUCGAACUAGAAGACCAUCGAUAAGGAAGGAAAGAGGAAACGAAUCGCGAUUACUUCUGGUGUUUUUUUGUAAUUACCAGUUAAAAAGAAGAAAAAGAAAAACAGACAAAAUGUUGAGGAUUUUCGGAUUCAUUGUUGUUGGAGCGUUCCUGAGGGUCGCUUAUGGUGCUCCAACAACUCAGGAGGUCGUACAGAGUCCUUCGAUUCUUGAAGAGGCUCUUGACAUUUAUGCUUCUUGCUCGGGUGAAUCGGAUCUUUCCGUCUGUCUGAAGUUGAAGGCUUUACGUUUCGUCGACAGAGUAGCUAGGGCAGCUGAUAUCAAUGUCAUCGAUGGAUUCAGAAUCGUCCAAACCGAGGAAGCCAAGAGCAACAGCCGUACCGAUAACGCAAGGUCAUUUAAUGAUAUCGAAAGUUCCCUGCCGAGUGAAGUUGAAGCCAAGGAAGCUGCGAUCGAUCAAGCUAUUGUAGACAGGGCAGCCAGAUUCCUUUCGACCCAUACUGUAGAACUCAGUCUUCCAGAAGAAUUCUCUCGUUCCUUGGACGAAGCUCGUGGAAAGAAGAAGAAGAUCGUGAAAUCUCUAUUGCCGAUCUUGCUUCUCGUUAAAGCAAAAGCAGCUAUUCUGAUCCCGCUUGCUCUUGGUGCCCUAGCUUUGCUUGCUUUCAAAGCCCUUGUCAUUGGCAAAAUCGCCCUGAUUAUUAGUGCUAUUAUAGGACUUCAAAAACUUCUAGCUAGCAAGAAUCAAAGCUACGAGGUUGUCGCUCAUCCGGUUCACAGCCAUGCUCACUAUGAGGCCGAUCACGGUGACCAUCAUGGCUGGGCAAGAUCCGCUGGAUCCGAUCUCGCCUAUAGCGCGUACAAGCCAUCCGAAUAGUUUUUUUAAAAGGACAUCAAAAGUCUCCACUACAUCUAACUCAUCUACCUUCGUACAAAGGACGAUCGUCGCUAUGUACUUAGCGAAAUCGUCGAAAGGGUUGCCUCGGCUGUGCUCUCCACCCUUCCACUUAUUCUCGACGAUCAUCGUCGAAACGCUUCUCCAAACAUUUGACUCACACGGACGGAUAGACGUUCCUUCGACAACGAGAUUUUUACGUUUUCUCUCUUUUCUCCUCUAUCUUUUUUUUACUAGACUUUACACCGAUACUUGUGACGUGACGUGGACGAUCUAUAAAAACAAAGACUAAAUCGUUUAAAUAUUGUUAAAUCGGUGCUAAAAGAGACUUCGCCGUUUUAGGUUUUUUCUCGACAAGUGCCGUGAGAUAGUGUAUCGAUAAUUUCGAGCAAAAUGACCAAAAAACAAAAGAGACAGAGAGAGAGAGAGAGAGAGAGAGAGAAAGAGAAAGAGAGAAAGAGAAAGAGAGAAAGAGAGAGAGAGAGAGAGAGAAAGAAAGAAAAAAAGAAAGAAAGAAGAAGACGCAGUAACGAGAUAGCAAGAUACAAAUGAUUUCGAAGAGUACGGACUCUAUCUCAUUUACGUAAGAAUAAUGGUGUUGGUCGUCAUCAUUUCGUUGCGCGAAUACCAUUCAUAGGUAACUGUUUGGAGGAAGAUCAUAAGGAGCGACGUCGACUCUUCCUGAUGUCUUCGUUGAACGCUAUUCUACUCUUAGUCAGUACUCACGCGGACUCAUCAGUUUUAUCCAAUGAUUAUUUAUACACCGACAAUGUGUCGGGAUCCUCAUGUAACUCUCUCUCUUAUUGCAUUAUUUAUAAAUAAAUUAUUUUAUACA